GUUGACACGGUGGUCUGACUUUGUGAGCGCGCACCGCCUCUCAUCGGAAACGCACGCGACUGACAAAUAGUUCCAGCCGUGAAACGUUCGUUUCCCAAAUGGACAGUAACGGGAAAGACGCAAUUCUGACCUGUGUCCUCGAUUUAACCAAAAGCAAAAACCAAAAACGGAAGCUGGGUUAAUACCAUUCUCAAUAGUGACACAGAGAGAACUAACAUGUGACUUCUCAUUUGGGAUGAUGAAUUCCCAUAGUGCCGAUUCACAGGCCCUCAGAACGGUUUAAAAAUCAGCUGACAGCCCUUAAACGUUGGACAGAUGUAGAAAGAUAACAGUAAAAAAAAUGACGUAUCUGUAGCCACCUUUGUAUUUUGUUGGGACUGACACAAGUCAAAGGCAAACGAUGCAGAAAUAAUGUUAUUAUAAUAAUGUAAAUGAUCUUUUAAGGAGCUCCUGGUUGUAUUUUCAGCUAUUCCUAAAUUACAUUUAUCAACAAACUAGACUGUCAUGCGGAUAAGAGCUACAGAUAUUAACGGUUGUAAGCAAAUAAACGUUGGCUAGUUAGCUAGCUAACAACACUACGAUUAAUUAUAUCACUGCUGCUACUCUUCAUUUUAUGGCUCGCAAAUCAUUUCUUUUAAAGUUGCUCAAAGGUAAAACCCGUUCAAUCCCAUACUACAAUCAGAAACGAUAAAAAUGCAUAUGUCUUGUGGGGCAAAGCUGUUAUAGUCAUAUUUCACCGGCAAAAAGACACAUUCAUCCUGAACGUGUUCACCACAGCAGACAACCCGCCCCUCUCAAAUAUUCACGAACAUAUUGUCCGCAAUCAGCUGUUAUUUUAUAACCGCGAUGGCUUUGUGCCCAUUAACGUGUGAAUCUCUAUCCUGUGAACUUGGCCUAUAUCGGCCUACUUGCGCUCAAUCCCGACCACUGCAACUUCACAAGCUGCGUUUUUAAACUACGACACAAGUGCAGGCAUGCCGCAUCCCCGUCACACAGAACAAUGUCAACGACAAACGGGACAUCAACAGAUGCAGAAACUGAAGACACAGGUGAGCAGAAAAACACAGAAGAUAAUCAGAUAGAGAAAGAAGUACACAAUGAAGAUGAAGAUGAAGAAGAAGAAGGAAGAAGUGAACUAUACAGUCUGCGAGAGGAUAUUGCAGAUUCACAAGUUUACACAGCAACAUCACUGUCUGCUAUUCCCAAGGAGACCAGAACCAAAACUCACCCACUGGUCCUUGAUUGGGCUUAUGGGAUGAACCAAACUCUACCGGUUCUCAGUCUGCAGGAUGAAGACAGACUUGUCAUCUUGUACAUUUGUGCCCAUGUUGCUGUCAUGAAUGAUCACACAUCCAAUGCUCAGCAUCUGUUACAAGGCCACUGCAGUCCAAUCACUUGUUUGUGUGCUAGUGAAGACAGACGCUGGCUUGUGACAGCUGACAUGGGCCAGGAGAGUCUCGUUAUCAUAUGGGAUGCUUAUACAGGGAUUCCUGUGCGGACAUUGUUUGACUGUCAUCCAGAGGGUGGAGUUUCUGCCUUGGCCCUAUCAAAGGAUUCAAAAUACCUGGCUACUGUUGGAGCUGGAGCAGUACAGCGAGUGUGUAUUUGGAACUGGACAGAUGAAAGUGAAAGCCCAGAAUGCCAAGUUGACCUCAGCCCAAAAUAUGGUUGCCAGAAUCAACUACUUUUCAAUCCCUUUAACAACACACAGUUGGUCAGCAACAGCAGCACUCAGGUUCUCUUCUACAACUGGGAAAGGGGACAUCUGGAAUACUCAGCUCCUGAAAUUACUGACAAGACCUUCAAUAUGGCGCUAGGUUCCCUGAGCCAGUCCAUCUUCCACUAUGAUGGUGUGCAGGCUUUUACAGCCACCUCAGCUGGGAAUAUAGUUCUCUGGGACAAGCAGACUCAGACUGUCUCUCGUCAACCAGUAGUGAGGAAAGCCGUAAAACUUGUGGCUCUCCAGAAGGAAGCAAUCACUGUACUGACUUUGAAUGACAGUUUUAUAGUAACAGGCGAUGUGAAUGGCCACAUCAAAUUCUAUGAUGGAAAUCUCAAGCUCAUCAACGUGUACAACGAGUUUAGCUUGGAUACUAUCAGAUCCAUCUCCUUUUCCAAAGAAAAGCCCUCCAUUAGCGACUUGGGAUAUCCAAAAGACUGCAGACUGGAUGCUAAGCCAUUUGUUAUAAGAAAUUUUGUUGUCUCCACAACUCAUGCAACUGCAGUACAUAUAAACGCUCAGAGAAAUGUUCCACAGACCCUUCUGAAGGAACAUGCAGAACCUCUAGAAGCAGUUGCCUGCCAUCCUAAACAGCCACUAGUGGCUAUGGGCAGCCACAGUGGCACCAUUAAAGUUUGGGAUUAUAAGCAUAAAGAGGCAGUCUGCAGCAGGGUCUUCCAAACCCACAAACAAAUCCAGUGUAUUACCUACGAUCCACAAGGUUUUUACCUGGCGGUGGGCUUUGCCAGUGGGGCUUUGCAGAUUGUUGAUGCCUGUACACUUCAGAGUGAUGGUAAAGAGUGUUUGCAGUACAGUCAGGACAGCAUUACCCAUCUCACUUUCUCCCAGGACUCACGCUACCUGGCUGCCGCAGACACUGGAAAAGCUGUGACGUUGCUCCGUCGAUGUAAAGAGGGGACCCAGGAGGUUUGGAAGUACCAGGGCAGGCACCACUCACAUUAUAAACCCAUUCAGGACCUGCUGUUUGGAGUGGAUUUAGACAGCAGUCAGCCUCGCCUCCUCUCUCUUGGCAUGGAUCGCAGGCUGGUGGAGUAUGAUCUGCAGAAUAGUGGUGAAGAUGGGUUGUUGAUUUUGAGUUCUGAACGUAUCGAGCAGAGUGCUGUGCCCACCUGCAUGGUGUGGUAUCCUCCUCUGACACCUGAACACUUCCUCCUUACAGCUUCCAACCUGUAUAAGAUGAAGCUCUUCAAUGCUACCUCCAAAAUGUGCAGAAAAACAGUCUUCGGGCCCUCUUAUGGUUCUCCAGUGAAAAAGAUGGCCAUCCUACCUGCAUCUAAGGAUGGCGACCCUAAUUCUCGUUACAUGGCAUAUAUAACACAAGAUAAGGUUGGCAUUCAGAUUCUGCCUCUGGAUGGAAACCCUCACAAGUCCUUUGCAAUGAUCUGUCACUCAACAGGCGUGUCAACUCUGGCUUGCUCAUAUGAUGGUAGAUAUGCUUUUACUGCUGGAGGACAAGACUGCACCGUCUUUUCAUGGGAGCUCAAUUUGGCAUCAUUGGAGGCAUCAGCUGCUCUAGGUGGGAAAGACAUGCUGCCCUUCUACAAUCUUCUGGAGGGAGGGAGAGAUGGACAGCUCUUCAGGGAAAUGGAAGAAUAUUUUUACUACUGUCAACUACAAAAUCAGGACCUUGACACCAUGGAAACACGGCUUGUGUCCACACACAUACCUCUAGCUGAUGUGCCCUUCUUAAUGAGAGCGCUUGGCUUCUAUCCAACAGAGCAAGAGCUGGAAGACAUGCAAAAUGAGGUGAAGUUCAGUCGCUAUGCUGAGACCAGAAAUUAUGUGACGGACAUCGAUUUGGAGGAGUUCAUUAAGCUGUAUGUCAACCACAGACCUGCCUCUGGCAUUGCCAGACAGGAGCUGUGCAAUGCCUUCCAGGGUCUUGGAAAGCCAGACGAAGAGGGUAGAUAUACAAUUGACAGAGACGAACUGUUGGAGUUACUGCAGGCUAGAGGUGAACAUAUGACCGAGGAUGACUUGGCUGAAUGCUUUACAAAUCUUGUAGGUAGUAGUGGAGAGGGAGCCAGUUGCACAGAAUCUCUGUUUGAGAGUGUGCUGCCUCCUGAAAUCAGCAUGGAGACAUUUGCCACAGAUAUCUUGGGGUUUUCUGCAGCCACCCAGGAGCUUCCUCAAGAACAUGGGCAAGAUCUGUAACAUCUGAAGCUUUCCGAGACAAAUCAUUUGAAACAAACAUUUCUUUGAUUGCAUAACAGUAUUUUGUGGUUGCUAAGCUUCUGCUUCGGUGUAUUUUCAUAUUUGCGUGUUUUUUCUUUUCUGGAAUGCAGAUGGGAGAUAAAAUCAUACGGAAAUAAACGUUGUUGUUCGACAACAUA